AAUAACCCCCUGUCUACACAAUUACUCUUAUCAGCUGUGUGUUCAAACUUCAUUCAGUCAGUCCAGAGUAGACAGUAGACCUGUUUUCAUCAAAGAUGCUGAUCAAGGAUAAAAUAGCGGUGAUUACUGGAUCAGGACAAGGGCUUGGAAGAGCAUUUGCGUCUAAACUAUUAAAGGAGGGAGCUAAGGUUUGCUUGUCAGAUAUGAACGAGGAAACUGGACUCAAGACAUUACAGGAUCUUUCUACGGAGUUUGGGAAGAAUAAAGUUCAUUUUAUUAGAUGUGAUGUGACCAAGGAAGAAGAUUUAAAAGCUUUGUACAAUGGAUGUGAAAGUUAUUUCUCGAGUACGGUUGAUAUAUUCUGCAAUAAUGCUGGAAUCAAUCAUAUCCCAGGCUGGAGGAAGUGUAUGGAGAUAGAUAUAAUGGCAGUGAUCAACGGUUCCGAGCUGGCAAUGGAUAGGAUGGAUCUACGGAAUGGAGGUAGAGGAGGUCUGAUUAUCAAUACUGCUUCUCUGGCCGGUAUAGCUACUGCCAUGUCAAGGGAAUCAGCGUCAUACUUCAUUGCUAAACAUGGAGUUGUUUCUCUUACACGAGCAUUAGGGGUAGGUUUUAAUAUCUCGGAAAUCGGAAGUAGUCAUUGGUUUGGACCAGGAAAAUUUUAUGUGGUAUAGUGAGAUAAAAAUGGUCUCUCCCCCCUCUCCUCACCUUACGAUACAAAACAGAAUUUAAUUCUUGCUGAUUUGAUUCCAUUGUUAAACUAAUCUGAGCUGGGAACUUUUGUUUUCGCUUGAUCUCGAUAUCCACUAGGGGAACUUUUAAUUUGAUUAUUAUUGUUUAAUCUCUUUAUUUCAGUUUUUCCAUCAGGGUACUUACAAUUACAUUGGGAAUAUUGAAUACGGAUUAAAUUAAUCUGCAGAUUAACAAAAGAUCGAGAUCAAGCCAUUU